CGGAGGCUGGAGCUUGGCGUCGGGAUGCAGCGCCCCGGGCCCUUCAGCACCCUCUACGGGCGGGUCCUGGCCCCGCUGCCCGGGCGGGCCGGGGGCGCGGCCUCUGGCGGAGGCGGGAACAGCUGGGGAGUCCUGGGUUCCCACGUGCAGCCUCCCGGCCGCACGCAGUCCGGGACCCGCGCCGGCGUCGGCAGCACAGGUACCUACGGCGGGGAGGCCAGCAGCGCCUGCCCGGCCCCCUCCACGAUGUCCAAGGCCGAGGAGGCCAAGAAACUAGCGGGCCGCGCGGCGGUGGAGAACCACGUGAGGAAUAAUCAAGUGCUAGGAAUUGGAAGUGGCUCUACGAUUGUUCAUGCAGUGCAGCGAAUAGCUGAAAGAGUGAAACAAGAGAAUCUGAACCUUGUCUGCAUCCCCACGUCCUUCCAGGCCCGUCAGCUCAUUUUGCAGUACGGCUUAACUCUCAGUGACCUGGACCGACACCCAGAGAUUGACCUCGCCAUCGAUGGUGCUGAUGAAGUAGAUGCCGAUCUCAAUCUCAUCAAGGGUGGUGGAGGCUGCCUGACCCAGGAGAAAAUUGUGGCUGGCUAUGCCAGCCGCUUCAUCGUGAUCGCUGACUUCAGGAAAGAUUCAAAGAACCUUGGGGAUCAGUGGCAUAAGGGAAUCCCCAUUGAGGUCAUCCCAAUGGCCUAUGUCCCAGUGAGCCGAGCUGUGACCCAGAAGUUUGGGGGCGUGAUUGAACUUCGAAUGGCCGUCAACAAGGCAGGUCCUGUGGUGACGGAUAAUGGGAAUUUUAUCCUGGACUGGAAGUUUGAUCGGGUGCACAAAUGGAGUGAAGUGAACACAGCUAUCAAAAUGAUCCCAGGUGAUGUGUGGUGGACACAGGCCUUUUCAUUAACAUGGCUGAGAGAGUCUACUUCGGGAUGCAGGACGGCUCUGUGAACAUGAGGGAGAAGCCUUUCUGUUGACCCUGCAGGAGCAGAGUGUGUUCACCUUGGUGGACAUGCCUCUCCAGGAGCCUUUGCCUUAAUGUACCUGUGCCAGAGGGAGAGCUGGUGGUGGAGGUGGGAGUGGGGUGGGGGGUUAACUCCAGUCUUCUGAAGUAUUGUUAUUUAAUGUCUUUUUAAAAAGAGAGUUAUAAAUAUAUAUAUUUUUACUAUUAAAAAUACUCAGUUU